AUGUCAAACAGUAAAGGAACCGUUCUCGUCACUGGUGUCACUGGAUACAUUGGUACCGAUGUCGCUCUUGCUUUCCUCCGGGCCGGAUGGAGGGUCAAAGGAACCGUCCGUUCCAAGGCUAAGGCAGAUGCAUGGAUUGCCUUGUACCCCCAAUACAUAGACCAAUGUGAAUACGUUAUCGUCGAGGACAUCGUGGUCGACGGCGCUUUCGACGAAGCUGUGAAGGGAUGCGAUGCCAUCGCACAUGUAGCCUCGCCCUACACGUUUACAUUCAAGGAUAAUGAGAAGGAAAUGCUUAUUCCUGCCAUCAACGGCACUAAGAACAUCCUUGCGGCGACCAAACUAGAGCCCAGGAUCAAACGCUUUGUUCUUACAUCAUCAUUUGCUGCUGCCAACGACCCGUUGACUCUCCCCGCAAUUGGGAAGACGUUCACUGCGGAUGACUGGAAUCCCGCCAGCUACGAGGAUGCCAAACAAUCGCCCAUCACAGGCUAUGUCUACUCAGCAUCGAAGAGUCUUGCGGAGCACAUAUUCUGGGACUUCAUCAAGACCGAGAAGCCUUCCUGGUCCGGGACGAGUCUUUGCCCUGCCAUGGUGUUUGGUCCGCCUUCGCAGAAGGUCUCGUCUAUAUCGACAAUCAACACCUCCAUGGCAAUAAUCUACCAAGCUAUCGGUGGCACCUGGAAAGCGGAUGGCAUUCCACCGACGAUCUUUCCCGUCUACACCGACGUCAGGAAACUGGGGAUUGCGCACGUGAAGGCCGCGGAGCUGGACGUGGCGAAGGGGCAAAGGUAUCUCUUCAUCGAGGGCUACUAUAAAAAUGAACAGAUAGUCGAUAUCGCGGCCAAGCACUUCCCUCAGCUGAAGGACAAACUCCCCGAGGUCGACAUCUCCACUUUGAAGACAGGAGAUCAUUUCAAGACGGAUGUGAAGAAGACGGAUGAGGAUUUGGGCGUACAGUCCACGCCUUUCGAGGUCGUGAUCAAGGAUACGAUUGCAAAGCUGCUGGAGCUGGAGAAGGAGCUUGGGGCUUGA